AUGGAUGUCAACAUGAGUGACGUUCAAAAUGAUCGUCAGCUUGCCAAUCAAGGACAACGAAAGAAAAAAUGUCAUGGUAAUCGAAGAGAUCAACGUUUUAGAAAGAAACGCCGUGCACGAGGAGUGCAACGAGAAAAGAUAGAAAAAUUACUUCAAACACAAAAGAAAAUUCUUAAUAAAAAAAAGAACUCGACUACGAACAAGAUAAAAAUGACAACAACCGAUGAUCAUACAGUUUCGAUUCGAACAACGAUCGAUUCCACUGUGAAGAAAAAUCGAUCAAUACAACCAAGGCUAAAAUCGAAUAUUAAUAAACGUAAAAGAGAUAUAUCAUUACAACAAUUAAAUUUGACAAUACCGAAAUCAACAAGUUCAAUAUCAAUACUUCAAUCAUCACGGAAAAAGAUAAAAAAUAAAAAGCAACUCACAACAAGUAGUCCAUCGAUAUACAUUAACAACAAUAAUAAUACAAAUUAUCGACGACCUAUGUAUUUAAAACGAUCACCAUUGAUAAUCAUUAAAAUGUUAAAUAAUAUAUUCAAUUAUACUUUGAAGGAGACAAGUGAAAAACGAUUUAUUUGGAUUCGUCUUGGUCUUUUGGAUGGGUAUUAUUGUGUAAAAUUACAACAACAAUUAUGGAAAUCUUAUCUUGAUAUAGGUACACAAGUACAUUGUUGGCCAGAUUGUCUAUAUAAGAAAGUAGAAUCAAAUGAUUUUGAAAUGUGUCAUCAAUAUCUGAAAAAUUAUAUAAAUGAAUUAUCAGAACAGAUGAAGCAAUGUCAAAUAGAAGUUAAAAACCAAUCAAAAUUAUGUCCUUUCAAGGAAUUAUCAUUGGAUACAAUUGAUCAAUGUCUCAAUCAAUUUGUUGAAUGUCAACGAAAUUAUCUGUUCAGAAGACAUAAUCGUCAAGUAAUCGAAUUCAAAAAUAAUCUUCAUGCAAAACAAUUAUGGACAACAUUGUCUACGAACAAUCUAACAUUCGAUCGUAAUAAAUGUAUGAAUGAAUUAUGGAAAAUACGAGAAAAACAAGGAGGACUUUAUGAAGAAGUUUUAACAUUAGAAAUGCGAAUAUUAUGCAAAUUUUUACCAGAAAAAUUCGAUCAUCUACAAUAUUUUAUUGCACCUAUCACUUAUACACCAUUAAAUAAUGAUCGAAAAGCAAUAGAAGUGAAAAAUAAACAUUAUAAAAUCAUACAAGAAGCAAAACGUAUAUGGCUUAUUCUUGCUUUACAUGCUUAUCAUAUUAGAUUCCAAGAGUAUGAAAGACAAUAUGAAAAUAUAUUAUUACAAUUACAAACAGAACCAACUACUAGUACGACUGUUAAUGGUUUAUCUCUUUUUGAUCAAAUAAAAGAAUAUUUAACUGAUCAAACAAAGAAAUUAAAAAGAGAUAUCUAUAAAAAAGUACUAUCGUUUCGACAAACCUUAAUUCAAAUUCGUCAACAUUCAUCAUUAUUGAAAAAGAAUAUUAUUGGUGUUUCACCUGAACCAUAUCUUGAUCUAAUUUCAAAUCCAUUCACCAAACGUCAAUGGAAUCAUCUUUCACUUGGUCCAUCCUGUAUACGAUUGAAUCAAAGUUCUAUUCGUUCUCGAAAGCAACAAAAAAAAUUAAUAGAAAAUGAACAUAAAAGAAUUUAUACUACAGUUACACAUCAUCUAAUAUCACCACCACAUAGGAUACCAAUGAACUCAUUGGCAUUCAAAACUUUUUCAAAUGAACUUCUUAAUUAUUUUAAUCGUACUUAUUUUCAUCCAAUAUCCUAUAAAGAUCAGAUACGAACAAUGGAACAAACAAAAAUGAUGAUAUCAAUUCGACGAAAAAUACAAAAAUUGAAUCUUAUUCUUCGUAUGACUGAUAAAGGUCACAAUUUUUAUAUUGGUUCGUACGUAGAAUUCGAAAAAAAAGCACAACAAUUUUUUCAAGAAACGAAUGCUUUUAUGGAAUUAGUAGAGAAUCCAUUUAAUGAAGCUUUGGAUAAAGUUGUACAAUUACUCAAUCGACUUCGUGAGAAAAAAGUAAUUUCAGCAUGGCAAUACAAUAAAAUGAUGCCUAAUCUAAGUAAAUGUGAAUUAGCACAUCUAUAUUUUAAUCCUAAAACACAUAAGGAAAAAAUACAAGUUCGACCCAUUGAAAAUACGAUAUCAGCUCCAACAACUAAUAUUUCAAAUUAUUUAGAUCAAAUCAUAAGACCGAUAUUCAAUAAUCAAUGUAGUACAACAAGUAUUAUUGAUGGCACAUCAUUAAUUAAAAAACUUCUUGAAUAUAGUGAAAGAGGUCUUUUAAAAUCAACAACUCUUUUCUGUACAUUUGAUAUUCGUAAUCUUUAUACGAUGUUACCACAAGAAGAAGCAUUAAAUAUUCUUAUUGAAUUUCUUCAUGUAUAUGGAUAUAACAAAGUCAAAGGCAUUUCAUUGGAUACAAUCAGAAAAUUAGCUGCUAUAGUAUUGAAAGAAAAUGUUUUUGUCUAUGGUAAAAAAUUUUAUCGACAAACUCUUGGUGGUGCUAUGGGUUCAUCAUUUACAUUAACAUUGGCCAAUAUUUUUAUGUGGAAAUGGCAAAAAGAACUUGUUCGUCGACAAGAUAUGACAGGUGAAUUCUAUGGCCGAUAUAUCGAUGAUAUCUUUAUGACAUGGAAUCAAUCAGAAAAAGAAUUGAAAGAUUUAUUAGAUAAAGCAAAUACUAGGCAUUCAAAUAUUAAAUUAGAAUAUAAAAUAAGUAAAAGUCUACCAUUUCUUGAUGUUCUUCUUACAAAUAAUACUGGCAUACUAUCAACAUCAUUGUAUCACAAACCCGCAGCUGAACCUUAUGUAGUACCAUUUAUUUCUGAUCAUCCUCGACAUACAUUCGUUAAUGUUAUACAAACUAAUCUUGCACGUGCCAUAAGAUAUUCAUCUACCUUUGAUAAAUUUAAUAAUGAAUUAUGCCAUCUAAAAUUAACAUUAUUAUUGAAUGGGUAA